CUGCUGAGAUAAGAAAAAAUAUGACAUCCAGAAUGAACACCAACUUCACUUUGAUCCCCAACCAGAAAUAUAGACGAAGUAAUCGUCGAUCUACCUGUCUUUUCAAAGCCUUUGACUCCAAUUCUCAACCCUUAUCAACCCUUGGAAAUUUUAAAGCCUUACCAUUGGAAAUAUUUCAAAUAAUCUUAAGAUAUUUGACAGUGAAAGAUAUCAGCAUGCUGAGCAUGGUGUCCAAAACAAUCAGCCAGCACAUUAUUUAUUAUAUCUCAAGCUCAUCAGGAAACAAAAGACUUUUACUGCAGGACUUUCAUAAACUUGAACUGUCUGGCAGGAGACAAGAUUCUGCUAUACUGGAACACUACAGAUCUCUAGGUCUACUAUUUAAAAGAUGCACAUUGCUGCUACCCACAAAGGAAAGGCUAAAGUACAUUCACAAGACACUUGCAGAAGUUUCAUGUUUUAAAUUCAGUGGCUGUGCAGCUCCUAUCCAUUGUUUAGGAUUAUCAUGUUAUGGCAUGUUUUUACAGACCUUAACAGCAGGUUGGGAUGAACUCGAGUGCCAUCGUGUUUAUAACUUCUUAUGUGAGCUGACCAAUCUCUCCCGCAAGAUGCAGGCUGUUGUCUGCAGUAAACCAGGAAGUGCCCGGAAACUGGAGAUAAGGAUCAGACUAUUCUGUAGGAAUGUCCUGCUUGAUCACUGGACACAUCGAAGUGACUCUGCUUUUUGGUUAACUCUUAUAUUGAAACCAUGGCCUAUGGUGAAUCAGGCAAGAUUACUGUAUAUCAUCUUUGGGCCAGUAUCUCCUCAGGAUGGACAAGUGGUUUGGCAGAAAAUGAUAGAAGGACCUACAGAUGAAUCCAGUCUAAAAGGUUUGGCUGAUGCCAUUAAGUUACUAUAUGACACAGGCACUAAAGAGUGGACAGCAGAUGAUGUCAUCAGUCUUGUAGAUGAACUAUCAGUGGUUCCCCAUGAGUGGCUUCUAGAGAAUAAUGCACGCCUCCUGAUCCUAAGUGGGAACAACAUCUGUUUCACUUUCAUGGCUAGUAAAGCUGUGAAUGGACAAGCCAUUGAACUGGCAAGGCUGAUAGUCUUUUUGGCUUUGGUGUGUGAGAAAGAAUUAUACUGCAUGGACUGGGCCGUUAAAAUGAUGCAAAAAGUCUGUAAAGUCUUUAGUACUCCAGUGGAAAGAAAUAACUUCCUGCAGAAUGUGGCAAAUGCAUUUGCAUGUAUUAUAAUGGAAAUGAUGCAGUCAAUCAUGUCUGAAGAUCGUGAUGGAGACAACAGAAGCUUUUUAAAUUUGUUCCAUCUUGUGCAUGCACAAGCUAACUUCCAUAAAGAGGUCCUAUAUCUGACCAUGAAUACUCUCUUUACCUAAAUACUCAAAAAGCCUUGUGUUUAGAGAAUGCCUCACUGAACUAACAAUUAGAAGAGUGCUACUUUUUCACACCCAAAGGAUAGCAUCUAUGGGACUUUUAUCAAAUAAUUCACAAGUUCAAUAGAAUUUUAGAAGCAACUGCUUAUACCACUAUUAAUGUAAAAAUAGCAGGCAUAUUCGAGAAUAUAUUGAGAUUCUCUGGAAAACAAGCUGUGUCUCUUCAGAUUUUGGCAAACCUAACACCAAACUGGAAUGGAACACUAGCUGUCCAAGAAACUUGGGCCAGCCCAACCUGUAUGUGGAGAUUGUUGAAGCAAGAGAAAAUUCUGCUUUAUCAUUAGAGCAGACCUAAAUUCACUAAGUAGUAUGUGUCUGUUCACUUUACUUAGGUUGUAUAGAAAUAGCCUAGAGUGUUUUGUGAAGAUUUGCCAUAUAGUAUUUUGGAAUCUAUAGAAUAUAAAUCACAUUCUUUGCCACCUUCUUGGCAUUGAGUACACAAAGGACGUUAUAUUUUGUUCAUGCUUGCAUGAAUAGCUCAAAAACCAAAGAAAACGUGUGUGUGUAUAUAUAU